GUGCCAACCCAACGGCUUGCCGCUCAACAUCGAGUGCUUGAAGAACGACCGGAACGUUGCAGGCAAGUUGAAGCGGGAGACCUUCGAGGUCAUGUCCACCGAGCUCGAGCGCCAUGGCUUGGCGCUGACGGUGGCCGGGCUGCGGCCGACGGACGUGGAGUCAGUGGAGCUGGUCGGGGGCGGCACCCGGGCGCCGGCGGUCCAGCAGCUGGUCCGCAAGGUGUUUUAAUGGGAGCCCUCAACGACACUGAACCAGGACGAGGCGGUGGCCCGGGGCUGCGCUCUGCAGUGUGCCAUGCUGCCACCCAUCUUCAAGAUGCGAGACUUUGCGGUGGUGGACGGCCAGCCCUACCGCAUUGAGCUGUGCUACGACGCGGACAAGGGAGAGGACAGCCGGGCAGAGGUGCUCCCCCGCUGGCAUCAGCUGCACUUCAGCAAGACGCUCACAUUCUACCGUAGCAAGCGCUUCAACCUCGAGGCGAGGUACCCGCAGGAGGCGGCGGUGCUCUACCCGGAUCUGCAGCUGGACAGCUUCACGGUGAACAAGGUUGUCUCCACGGCCGAGGGCGAGGCGUCCAUGAUCACGGUGAAGGUGCGUCUCAACCUGCACGGCAUCUUCUCGGUGGUGUCCGCCUCGGCCGUGGACCGCAAGCCCGGCAGUCGACAGGCAGGUGUUGGGUGUGCAAACGAUGGAGACCUAGCGGCGGCGGGGGCGACGAGUGGCGAAGAGGUACCCCCGACCGAGGGAGGUGACCCCGACAAAGUGGCCGAGGGCAAGCCUGUCAAGAAGGAGGAGCGGCCCAGUUCAAAAGAAAAGCAGGCCAAGGCCACGGAACUCCCGGUGGAGGUCCGGGUGCCGCAGCUGAGCGCCUUCGAGAUGGACCAACUUGUGGAGCGUGUGGUCCAAAUGGUCCACAAAGACCGCCUAGAGAAGGGCGACUUAUUUGUCACGCAAUGGGUGUUUGGUUCGUCGCAUACGCGAACCGAAGUUUUGGUGUAUUUUUUUUAAAUGUAUUGUAUAUUUUAGGUUGGUGAGCUUUUUUUUUUUUCCGUAUGAACAUACGGGCAGUUCCGUGUUUUGGGAAAAUAGCCUGGCCUAGAUAGAGCAUAUGUUCCGCGAACGCCUUUGCUGAUGUGUGCCUUGUGAGGCGCUGCUGAGAGACAGUAGCACAGACGGGCAUACGGUUUCAUAACCUGCCGCCGGAACCACAUUGCAGCGUCCUCCGACUUCGAGGCAUUGGCAGCGAUGGUCCGGGCAACAUGAGCUCCCACGUGGGUCACAAGUCUUCGGACUACUUUCUUCUGGGCAACUACGAGAUCAAUAUUAAAGUGCGGCGCCAUGUUUAUUUUAUUUAUUUCGGCUCAGGAGAGCCGAGGCGCCGCACGAUGGCACGUGGCCCAUACAGAGAAGGCCCGCAGCGCCACGUCCAACGAUGAUAAGAUAGUAUUCCACAGAUAAAUAAAAAAAUAAUGGUAAUGAUUUAAACGGAGCUUGUGAACGAGGGUGAGGGAUUGACGUGUAUCAUGAAGAGGGUGACAUGUCUUAGGCCUAGCAGGUUUUAACGACCCGGUGUUUUUCAAGGGGCCGCCAUGGACUGCUGACUUCUUGCAGGUGGCUCUCGAGAGCCUUUCGAGGGUUCUUGCUUUUGCGGCUUGAAACAGCAGGCCGGCCGAAGUUUUGGCGAGGCAGGAAGUCCAGCAUCCCUGCGGUUGUUCACCGGGGGUUGGUGUUGGCGUUGGCGGGGCGUCGGUCGCGCGAAAGCGGGCCCUGAUGUCUCCCAGGUCGCAGUGGAGCUUUUAACUAGUGAUGGGCUGAACCUUUGCGGAAUAAAAAUUC